CACCCGCAAACAUGUCUGCGCCCAUGAUAAACAACACAUGAACUAACUAUUCACCAUAUAUAUUCUGAACUCAGCUCGCAGAAAUAAACAUGAUGUCUGAAUCGGACGCAACAGCUGGAAAUAUAAAUGGAUUUGAUGGGAUCCCUGAAGGACUUGACUUGAAGAAGGCUAAAAACUGUCUGGAUGAUGUGCUGCAUAUGUCACUGAAUUAUCUCCCUUUCUGCAAUGCCCAUUCUAAUGACUUCAUCAUUGACAAUCACUGGGAAAACCACAUCCCACCUGUAGUCAGAGAAGAACUUAUGAACAUGACAGACCAGCAGCUGUGUGACUUCCCAGCUAAAUAUAUAGAAAUGUUAGAAAAUGAUGGUAAGAAUGUCGGUCACACGGAUCACAAAAUGGCUGCUGAAAAUUCUCGAUGGAUCCACGAGGACCUUGAUUCCUACCUGCAAGCAGCGUGUAAAACCAACUUAAAGUCACUUGAUGUUUUGGUUGAUAUUGAAUAUUUGUUCAGUGAAACAGGAUUGGUUAAAGACGUUCUCCAAAUUCAAAAUUUCAUGACGGAUAAGAAGUCGCAUGAGGUGGACAUCAUGACCUGUGUGUGUUCCAGAUUGGCCAGUACAACAGGGGCUGAUGUGAUUGUUGACAUAGGCAGUGGUAAGGGCUACCUCAGCACACAGCUUGCCCUCAAGUGUCACAAGACGGUCGUGGGCAUAGAUGCCCAGUUGAUCAACACCAAAGGGGCCAUAAGAAGGGCAAAAAUCCUCACCAAGCAGUGGAAUGGUCUAGUGCGCAAUGCCAAGGAGCUUCAUGACACUGGGACUGUCACAAAAAAGAGCAACAAAUUCAAAAAGAAACUUAAGAAAGAAAGGAUGUCUGCCAGUAUGACAGAGGGAGAGGAAGAUACAAGUAAAACUAAGAUGGAGGAGGCUGGUCGGGAGGAGUUUGAUGGACUAGGGACAAUGUUUGGGGAGGAGGGCACUAUAAGAUUAACUGACAGUGCUGAGUGGAGUUUGGAUCCAGUGACUGAUCAAGGAGUGUCAAAAUUGACAGAUGUUGACAGACAGUCACCAAAUACUACACCACAAGGCACAGAUAUGUUUGAAAAUCAACCACAGUCGCAGAUAAAGAAAUCAACAAACUUUGAAAUUGAAAAUUUUAGUAACUUGACACUUGACGAUGCAAAAUGCCAUGUAAGCAGUUCUUUAAACAUUGGCGGUUCAACAUCUAAAGUAAAAGACUGUCCUCCUAAAAAGGAUGAUGAAGCAGUUUCAGGCAUCAGAGUUGAGAAAGAAAAUUUGCAGUUAGAUUCCAAAAUCACGUCGAAGAAGAAAAAAAAGUCUUCAGACAAAGGACUAGGGCCUGGGACAAAUCUCCCCUAUAUUCCUGUCACACUUUUUGUGGACACAUCUAUGGAUCUUGUAGAGGUUGUGGCCGAGGCUCUCGCAGAUCAUCCGUCAUCUCCAAGUAAAUUCAGUGACAAACGAGGAGAAACAAACCUGAUGUUAACUGGUCUACACACAUGUGGGGCCUUGGGAUCCAGCAUGCUAGAGCUGUUUGUCAACAACCCCGCAGUCAAGGUGCUGUGUGGGGUGGGCUGUUGUUACCAUUACAUGGAGGAGAAGUUCAAUCCAGACUGUCCACUUGUUGAGGACAGUUUCCCUGUAGGAUUCCCAAUGAGUCGGCAUCUCAUUAAUAAGGAAGUGUACCUGGGGAGGAAGGCGAGGAACUUUGCCUCCCAGUCCCUCUACAGACAGGCACAGGACACUGAGCUGUCAUUUGCAACCUAUCCUCGCUGUCUGCUGCAGAAGAUCCUUUUGGAUGUAGUCGGACACAUAGAUCCAGACUGGAAGGGUCUCCGAGGACUGGGGGGUAUGACUCCAGACAUGCACCAGUAUGUUAUGAAGGCAUUUACCAGACUUGGACUUCCAACAGACAAGAUAACACCAGAGCUGGUUGAGGAUUACUGCCACAGAUAUAUAGAGGACAGGAAAAAGCUUGCAGCCUUCCGCCAACUCAAGUCCGUGUUAGCCCCCACCAUAGAGUCGGUAGUACUGCUAGACAGGGCCUGUUACCUACUAGAACAGGAGUGUAUCAGUCAAGUGUACAUGGUCCAGAUGUUUGACCCAGUUAUCUCCCCUCGUUGCUAUGGAAUUGUCGCCAUUAAGAAGACAUGAUGACAGCUCUCACCUCCUAUACCUAUGUUCUUGUUAGGAUGCGAGAUUGACAUUGUUGGUGUGUGAGUCGCAUCAACACACACAGAAGAAUGGGGGACAGAUCUGGGGCCCCA